CGCUCGCAGCAACCCGCUGCCACUUCCCAGGUGGCGCCACUUCCCUCCGCUCACAACAUCCGAACGCCACCGCUCCCAUUUAUAUUACCAAAACGCCCUUAUACGUUCGAUAUAUUUUCAAUGCAAAGCCCCCUAUUAUUUAAGAGCGUCUAUUGGGCCACGACACUAUCAUUUCCCUCGCGAGUUCACUCCCCUUCGUCUUUACUCACCAGACCCAAAAGGCUCGUCAACGCCAAUAAUAAAAGAAGAAGAGAGAUAAAGGAGAGGCAUUGGAGUAGCAGUGGGAGUAAUUAUAAAAGUGCCAUGCCUUGUUCCUCUAUUAGCACAGUAUCUGGUGGCGGUCUCGGAGGAAGUGGAGAUGAGAAUGGUUCUCUCCGGAGCUUCAAGCUGAACGAAUCCACUUUCUUGGCCUCUCUCAUGCCGAAGAAGGAGAUUGGCGCCGAUCGUUUCAUCGACGCUCACCCCGAGUUUGAUGGCCGUGGCGUCGUCAUCGCCAUCUUUGAUUCUGGAGUUGACCCGGCCGCUGCUGGAUUGCACGUGACCACGGAUGGGAAGCCGAAGAUCCUCGAUGUUAUUGAUUGCACUGGGAGUGGAGAUAUUGACACCUCAAAGGUUGUGAAGGCCAAUGCUGAUGGUUGUAUUCGAGGGGCUUCAGGAGCUCCUCUAGUUGUCAAUUCCUCAUGGAAAAAUCCUUCUGGUGAAUGGCAUGUCGGUUAUAAGUUGGUGUAUGAGCUAUUUACCGAUUCAUUAACUUCUCGUUUGAAGAAAGAAAGAAAAAAGAACUGGGAUGAGAAAAGCCAGGAAGAAAUUGCUAGGGCUGUAAAGCAGCUUGACGAAUUCAAUCAGGAUGCACUUGUUUUCCAGAAACACUCCAAUCCAGAUGAUGCAAAUUUGAAGAAGGUUCGAGAAGACCUUCAAAACAGAAUCGAUAUACUACGAAAGCAGGCUGAUAAUUAUGAUGACAAGGGACCUGUCAUAGAUGCUGUUGUGUGGCAUGAUGGAGCAUUGUGGAGGGCUGCUCUUGAUACACAAAGUCUUGAGGAUGACCCGGAUUGUGGAAGGCUUGCUGAUUUCAUACCCCUUACAAAUUAUAGGACUGAAAGGAAAUUUGGUGUGUUUAGCAAGUUGGAUGCAUGCUCAUUUGUCCUUAAUAUAUAUGAUGAGGGAAAUAUCUUAAGUAUCGUAACAGAUAGCUCCCCUCAUGGAACUCACGUUGCUGGUAUUGCUACUGCCUUCCACCCAAAGGAGCCAUUAUUGAAUGGAGUUGCACCUGGAGCACAGUUAAUAUCAUGCAAAAUUGGAGACUCACGUUUAGGUUCAAUGGAGACAGGCACUGGCUUGACAAGGUCUCUGAUUGCUGCUGUGGAGCAUAAAUGUGACCUGAUCAAUAUGAGUUAUGGAGAACCUACAUUACUGCCAGAUUAUGGUCGCUUUGUUGACCUUGUUAAUGAAGUGGUGAAUAAGCACCGUCUUAUAUUUGUGAGUAGUGCUGGUAAUAGUGGUCCAGCGUUAAGCACUGUUGGUGCACCUGGUGGUACAACUUCCAGCAUUAUAGGAAUUGGUGCAUAUGUCUCUCCUGCAAUGGCUGCUGGUGCUCAUUGUGUAGUACAACCUCCUUCUGAAGGACUUGAAUACACUUGGUCCAGCCGAGGACCAACAGCAGAUGGAGAUCUUGGAGUCUGUGUUAGUGCUCCUGGUGGGGCUGUUGCUCCUGUUCCUACAUGGACUCUUCAAAAGCGCAUGCUGAUGAAUGGCACUUCUAUGUCCUCUCCAUCUGCCUGUGGUGGAAUCGCAUUACUCAUUAGUGCAAUGAAGGCUGAGGGCAUUCCUGUAAGCCCAUAUAGUGUAAGGAAGGCUCUUGAGAAUACAUCUGUCCCAAUAGGUGAAUUGCUAGCAGAUAAACUAACCACAGGACAAGGGCUCAUGCAAGUUGACAAGGCACAUGAAUAUAUACGGCAGUCCAAGAAUAUUCCAAGUGUUUUUUAUGAAAUAAAGGUCAAUCAAUCUGGAAAAUCAACUCCUACUUCACGGGGCAUCUAUUUGAGGGAGGCUAGUGCUUGCCAACUACCUACAGAGUGGACAGUGCAAGUUGAGCCUAAGUUUCAUGAAGGUGCAAGUAAUUUGGAAGAAUUGGUUCCCUUUGAGGAGUGCAUUGAGUUACAUUCUACUGAAAAGUCAGUUGUGAUGGCUCCAGAGUACCUCCUCCUUACUCAUAAUGGGCGUAGCUUCAAUAUAGUGAUCGAUCCUACCAAGUUAAGUGAUGGUUUACAUUAUUAUGAAGUCUAUGGAGUUGAUUGCAAAGCACCAUGGCGUGGUCCCAUUUUCAGGAUUCCAGUUACCAUAACAAAACCAAUGACUGUAAACAAUCGGCCUCCAAUUGUUUCAUUUGCAAGGAUGUCAUUUCUGCCAGGCCAUAUAGAAAGGAGAUUUGUUGAAGUGCCGCUCGGUGCUAGUUGGGUUGAGGCAACCAUGCGAACAUCACGAUUUGAUACAGCCCGACGAUUUUUUGUUGACACAGUUCAGAUUUGCCCCCUUCAAAGACCUAUCAAGUGGGAGAGCGUUGUAACAUUUUCUUCCCCCUGUGCCAAAAGCUUUGCAUUUCCUGUGGUGGGUGGUCAGACAAUGGAAUUAGCUGUUGCUCAGUUUUGGUCAAGUGGCAUAGGAAGUCAUGAAACCACUAUUGUAGACUUUGAGAUUGUGUUUCAUGGUAUUGACGUCAAUAAAGAGGAUGUUGUGCUUGAUGGAAGUGAAGCGCCUGUUAGAAUUGAUGCUGAAGCUCUGCUGGCAUCUGAGAAACUUGUCCCUGCUGCUAGUCUAAAGAAGGUAAGGGUUGCAUAUCGACCUAUUGAUGCUAAACUUAGCACUCUCACAGCAGAUCGUGACAAACUGCCCUCUGGCAAACAGACACUGGCUCUGACAUUGACUUACAAGUUCAAAUUGGAGGAUGCAGCUGAAAUAAAGCCUCAUGUUCCAUUGCUUAAUAAUCGUGUAUAUGACACUAAAUUUGAGUCUCAAUUUUACAUGAUCUCUGACACUAACAAGCGUGUGUAUGCAAUGGGUGAUGUCUAUCCAAAUUCCUCAAAACUUCCCAAGGGUGAAUACAACUUACAGCUGUAUCUAAGGCAUGACAAUGUGCAAUAUUUGGAGAAAAUGAAACAGCUGGUAUUGUUUAUUGAGAGAAAUUUGGAUGACAAGGAUGUCAUUCGAUUAAAUUUUUUCUCUGAACCGGAUGGAUCUGUGAUGGGAAAUGGUGCUUUUAAAUCCUCAGUUUUAGUUCCAGGGAAGAAAGAAGCUAUUUACUUGGGCCCACCAGUGAAAGAAAAACUUCCAAAGAAUGUUCCACAAGGCUCUGUGCUUUUGGGAUCAAUGUCAUAUGAAAAAGCUGGUCACGAAGAAGGGAAAAAUCCACAGAAGAACCCUGUAUCUUAUCAAGUCUCUUAUAUAGUUCCUCCAAAUAAGGUUGUUGAUGAUGACAAGGGAAAAGGAACUUCUUCAACUUGCUCCAAAACUGUUUCUGAACGUUUAGAAGAAGAGGUUCGAGAUGCAAAGAUAAAAGUUUUUACUAGCCUAAAACAAGACACUGAUGAAGAACGCUCAGAGUGGAAAAAAUUGUCCAUCUCUCUUAAGUCUGAAUACCCAAAUUAUACUCCCCUGCUUGCUAAGAUUUUGGAAGGUUUGCUUUCUGAGAGUAAUGUAGGGGACAAAAUUGGCCAUGAUGAAGAGAUUAUUCGUGCAGCAAAUGAGGUAAUUGAUAGUAUUGACAGAGAUGAGUUGGCAAAAUUCUUUUCCCUCAAGAGUGAUCCUGAAGAUGAGGAGGCAGAGAAAAUAAAAAAGAAGAUGGAGACAACAAGGGAUCAAUUAAUAGAAGCACUGUACCAAAAAGGGCUAGCAAUUUCAGACAUUGAAUCUCUGGAGGAUCUGAAAUGGAUAUAUGUCGAAGUGUCUGAUUCAUCCAAAAGUCAAAACAUAGGACACAUGGACACACAUUCAAAUGGGGGACUGAAAGCUGGAACCUUGGCAGUAACAGAAGGAACAAAAGACAUGGACAGGACUGACAAAGAAUCGGCACCAGAUGCUGGUGGCCAGCCAGAUCUGUUCGAGGAGAAUUUCAAAGAAUUUCAAAAAUGGGUUGAUGUGAAGUCUUCUAAAUAUGGCACCCUCUUAGUGAUACGUGAAAGACGACGAGGGAGGCUUGGAACAGCUCUAAAGGUGUUGAAUGACAUGAUUCAAGAUGACGGGGAUCCUCCAAAGAAGAAGCUUUACGAACUGAAGAUCUCCUUGCUUGAUGAGAUUGGAUGGAGUCAUUUGGCAACCUACGAGAGACAGUGGAUGCACGUGCGUUUUCCACCAAGCUUGCCUCUUUUUUAAAUGAGUGCUUUUUAUCAAGGAAAACUGGACAUGCCAUUACUGAAUAACUUGGUCUGACACCAGACCCAUUUCAAUAUUUCCAUCAUUGUAAGGACAUUUCCAUCAUAAUAAACAGAAUACUCUUUCUGUGACUCA